AUGACGUUGAAAAUGGAGAGCAUGAAAACUCCAUUUUUGUCUGGUGGAGAAGAAUGCGAUAAAAGGAAGAAAUGGAGAACAGCUCUUUGGUUUCUCAUCUCAAUCAUAGCUCUAACUUUUAUCCUCCUUACAUUGCGAGAAGACUCGAAUUCUAGCUGGGUACAAUCCGGAGAUGCAUUGGAAUCACCGGAAACAACCACGAGAGUACAAGCCGGUUAUGCAGUUGAGUCAAUGGAUGCAGUGGUUGCCGCCGAUGAUGCUCGUUGCUCGGAGAUUGGAGCUUCAGUCCUUCGAUCCGGUGGUCAUGCCGUUGAUGCUGCCGUUGCUGUGGCUUUGUGUCUCGGAGUUGUGAAUCCGAUGGCCAGUGGUGUUGGUGGCGGGGGAUUUAUGAUCGUCCGAUCGGCAGCUACGUCACAAUCGCAGGCGAUUGACUUCAGAGAAACUGCCCCUUUGGCUGCUUCAGAGAACAUGUAUGAGAACGAUCUUGACGCCAAAUACACCGGAGCAUUAUCGAUGGGUGUUCCUGGGGAGAUAGCCGGUCUCUAUAAAGCAUGGUCAAGAUACGGGAGAUUGCCUUGGAAGACGUUGUUUGAUCCCGCCAUCCGGUUUGCGAAAGACGGGUUCAUGGUCGCACCUUAUCUUGCCGGUAAAAUUUCAAGCAAUGCUGAUAAGAUCAAGAACGACCCUGGAUUACGACAAGUGUUUGCUCCAAAUGGGGAGGUUUUAGAAUCCGGGGACAUUUGCUACAACCCGAAACUCGGUUGGACGUUAGAAGUUGUAGCAAAUGAAGGACCGAAAGCCUUUUACGAUGGUGUGGUAGGGGAGAAGUUGGUUAACGAUGUCCAAGAUGCCGGCGGGAUUUUGACGAUGGAAGAUUUGAGGAAUUAUAACGUCGAGGUUAUGGAUGCACUUGCCGUGGAUACGAUGGGGUAUACUGUAUUAGGUAUGCCAGCCCCAUCCAGUGGUACGUUGGGGCUAGCUUUGGUUUCGAACAUCUUAGAAAGCUACGAGAGCUCGAAUGCUGCAAAAGGCUCGUUAGGUUUACACCGUUUCAUUGAAGCAUUGAAACACAUGUAUGCUUUUCGGAUGGAUUUGGGCGAUCCAGAUUUCGUCAAUAUAAGCAAGACCAUGGCAGAUAUGCUUUCGCCUAAAUUUGCGAAGAGCAUCAGAGAGCGGAUUUAUGAUAACACGACUUUCCCUCCCGCAUACUACAUGCCCAGGUGGAGUCAACUUUUGGACCAUGGUACUAGUCAUUUUUGCAUUGUCGAUGCUGAUAGGAAUGCGGUGUCGAUGACAACCACCGUGAAUUACGCUUUCGGAGGCGGGGUUCUUUCUCCUUCCACGGGCAUCGUACUAAACAACGAGAUGGGUGAUUUCUCGGUUCCAACAGAAGUAUCAUCGGACACUCUUCCGCCUUCGCCUUCAAAUUUUAUCCGACCUGGGAAGAGGCCAUUGUCGUCCAUGACUCCAAUCAUCAUCCUCAAGGAUGAACAAUUAGCUGGGGUGAUCGGAGGCAGCGGUGGUAUGAGCAUAAUUCCAGCCGUUGCUCAAGUUUUCCUCAACCAUUUUGUGUUGGGCAUGGACCCUUCGAAUGCGGUUCAGUCGCCACGAGUCUACCACAAGUUGAUACCAAAUGUGGUGUCUUAUGAAAACUGGACGGUGAUUGAUGGUGACCAUAUCGAGCUUUCGGAUGAUAGAAAAAAGUUCUUGGAAGAAAGGGGUCAUGAGCUGAAGGCGAAAGCCGGUGGAGCGAUCUGUCAGCUUAUCGUUCAAACGCUAAAUAAAAAACCGAAUGAAAAUAGAAAACCAAUGUAUAACCAGACGCAGGUUUUGAUAGGGAUGCUUACGGCUGUAAGCGACCCGAGGAAAGAUGGCCGGCCGGCCGCUUGCUGAUGACCACUUGGUGGCGGUUGGUGCCGGUCGGAAGUAUAACUACAAGGGUAGUUAUGUAAAUGUGUAAAUCCUAUGUAAAUCUUAAUAUAUUUAAACUACAAGGUUGUUU